CCCCCGGAUGAGGAUCACACCUGUGACCAUCCCUACCAUUCUCAAUACUGGGAGGGAAACCUCCCUCCUCUCCUCUUCCGCCUGGACCCACCGAUGGAUCGCGAGCACGGAGUUGUAGAAGAGUUGGAAGAGCAUGGAGCAGUCGUCACUGGCCAUGACGGCGCUCCCAUUCGCGACUUCCCAUUCCUGCCGCGCUAUGUCUCGUCGAACCCCCCUACAUGGCUCGUCGAGUACUGGAUGCGCACCGAUGCUCGUCUGACGUACAGAGACAUCAAGGCCCGAAUGACCGCUCCCCGGGACGAGCAGCCCACCGAGAAUGCGUUGAAUAUGCGUCGCGAGAGAGAAGUCCGCAAUCCCCUGGGUCUCUCCUGCUGGGCCGCCCGUCGGGGCAGGACCAGUCGAGUUUCCCGGGUGGAUCUAGAGCGCAUGGAGCGUUGGACCUACGACCAGAUCUAUAUGAACACGACAAUGGAUAUAGAGUACAGGUUCACCGGCUCCUCCAGUCAUCCGGUCCCUUUCCGUCUGCGGUCUAAGUCCCUCACCUCCGAGCCCGUGCCAGCCGUCUACUUCAACCUGGACACUUUUGUGGAAGGCGACGGCUCCCAUGUACCGUCAGAGAGGACCAUCACCGCAAUGGACACCUUCUUCGAAGUCUCUGAGAGAGCGUUGGCUAGGGGGCUGGACUCGUGGCGGCGUCUUCCGCGUGGUGACAUUCCCGUCGCCUGGAAGCCCUAUGCAGAAAUUCCGAGGCCGCCCAGCGCAAACAUCGUCGAUGUCCAGGACGAGGGGGAGGGGGAGUAUGACGAUGACGAUGAAUACGAUGAGAAUGAUGAUAAAAAUGAGGAAGAAGAUGACGCAGAUGAUGAAGCUUCCGAAUAG